AUGCGUGCCCUUUUUGGUCUUUCCCUCUUGUCCGUCGCCUUUGCCAUCCGUCCUGGUUUUCCAUACGGAAGCACCAAAGUUCGUGGAGUCAACUUAGGUGGCUGGCUGGUCCUCGAGCCUUGGAUCACACCGUCUAUCUUCGACAACACAGGCGACCCCAACAUUGUUGACGAGUGGACUUUUGGCGAGCGACAACCCAAGGAGAUCGCCAAAGCCACGUUAACUAAACACUGGGAUACUUUCAUCACGGAGGCUGAUUUUGCUGCCAUCAAGGCUGCUGGGUUGAAUCAUGUCCGUCUGCCCAUCGGGUAUUGGGCAUUCGAAGUUGGCCCUGGGGAACCCUACAUUUCUGGCCAACUUCCUUACCUCUCCAAGGCGAUCCAGUGGGCCACGAACCAAGGACUCAAGCUCAUCAUCGACCUUCACGGAGCCCCAGGAAGCCAGAACGGGUAUGACAACUCUGGUCGUCGUAUCCCUUAUCCGACAUGGCACACCAAUAACACUAACGUGCAGCGAACCAGCAAUGUCAUCAAGACGAUUGCCAACAUGGUCAAAGACAACACCGCAAACGUACCUAUCAUAGAAGCACUGAAUGAACCCGCUGGAUACUUCGGGCCAGAUGUCCUUGCAGUCACCAGACAGUACUGGUACGACAGCUUUGGCAAUGUUCGCUACCCGUAUGGGUCAUCACGGCAAAGUGAUACCGUCCUGAUGAUCCACGACGCAUUCCAGCCUCUCAGCUAUUGGAAUGGUGUGCUGACAUACCCUGCCUACGAAGGCGUUGCGAUGGACACCCACAUCUACACGAUCUUCAACGUGACCGAAGUGCAGAUGAGUCAACAAGAGCACAUUAACCUCGUCUGUAGCAAGCGCAACUCGCUCGCUACAUUCAACCUGUGGACGAUCGUUGGAGAAUGGACUCCCGCCAUGACCGACUGUGCCAAGUAUAUUAAUGGCCGUGGUCGCGGCGCUCGAUACGAUGGGACACAUCCUGAUACCUCUACGCGUGUUGGAAGCUGCAAUGGUUGGAGUGGAUCUGCGUCGACAUUCAGCUCAAGCUACAAGACCUUUUUGAGAAAAUUCUGGGAAGCGCAGGUGAGCAGUUACGAGCAGGGACAAGGUUGGAUUCAGUGGACGUGGAAGACCGAAGCUGGAGCUGCCGAGGAGUGGUCAUACAAGUCCGGACUCGCCAACGGCUGGAUUCCAUCCGACCCGGCCAACCGAAUUUAUCCCAACGUUUGCGGCUGA